CGCCGUUGUCGCCGCUGCUUUUCACGGUGGACGAGCGUAAUCGGGGGACCCCGUCCGCCGCAAACCGCCCAUGCGACACCGAGCAAAAUGCCGAAAAUUAGCCUGCGUAUUCUGUGUCUCGUGACGGCGGUCUUGUGCACCGUUCAGCGGAGUCUUGAACAUGGAAUUCCUAGGAGAAGUUUCCUUUCACGCAGAGCGAUCGACGGAACUAGAGGAAGGUACGUUCUCACUAUGCGGAUCCUUCCGCACGAGAAUUCGAUUACGCGACUUAAUUAAAUCGUACGCCUUUUGCAGGAAGUACUUCGAUCCGAAUGAGGACGGUGCAUUCGAUAGCUACGGAUCGGCCGGCGGUCAGUACGAACAGUACGAUCAUAUAACGGAUCUAUCCGACAUCAGAAAAAAUGUGCCGGGUGAGCCGGGCAUCGAUUAUCCCGCCUACACGAGAUUACCUCAGACAGGAUUCACGUGUGAAGGACGUUCACGUGGUUACUAUGCCGACGAAGCGGCCGGAUGUCAGGUCUUCCACGUGUGCCACGACGUGCUGGUUUCCUCGUUCUUGUGCCCGAUCGGCUCGACUUUCAGUCAGAAGCUGCUGACUUGCGACUGGUGGACCAAGGUCGAUUGCGCCUCUACCAGACGAUACCUCGAAGUGAAUCGCGAUAGCUAUCAGAUUGACGACGAUGAAAUGAUUCGGAAUGCGUACGUGAUGAUCAGUUUGCAGGCCUCCGCGGAGGAUGUCACCAAGGACGGCCUGGUCGAUCCCGACAGCGGCGCCAGGAUCAUCGACUAUUCCACGCUCGGCGGCCGAACUGUGAUGGCUUACACGCCCGGAUUCCGCAGGAUCACGGACUACGCUCCGGUCGAGGCGACCGGGAACGACCUACCGAGCAGCUUCGAGGACUAUCCUCAGCAGGACGCGCGGCAAAUUCUCAAUUACGAUCAUCGGUAUCAGCAGCAGAGGAAGGUGGAUACCGUGUAUCAGGGGAAGCUCCCCUUUGAAAACAAGGGACGAUCGCCUUAUCACGCGUCCGCGAUUAUUCAGCACGAUUAUCAGGAUCGAACGGAUGAUAACGAGUUUCAAGACGACUAUCGUAGACCCGUAGACGGAUUCACUAAUCGGUUACAAACAUCCUACGCGCCUACCGUUCCCACUGUUACCACCACCACCCGAAGAUUAUACUCGCCCACAGUACCGACGACCUAUCGACCUUCCACUCUGGCCUAUAGCAAGCUGGAUCUGAUUAUGGACAGCUCCGAUCAUCUAUACGCGCAUAGCGGUAAAGGACCGGUAACCCCUCCCACGGUUACUCAUCAGAAUGACAACAUGGAAAAGGUUGAUUCAAGAAAGAGUGAAACGGGACACGACGAUCCGAAGACAUCGGAGAACGCCUCGUUAUCGAGAACGGACAAAGACGAUGAAAAGGACGAUAAUGUUCGCUCCAAGAGUGACGAGGCGCGUCCCAAGAAGACGUCGGAGACGAGCUUCAGGAUCAACAUAACCGAUGCGCUUGACGAGGACGUGGCAUUCGGACAGCAGAAUGACAGACCAAUGAUCCAGAGUGAUAAAAGCGAAGAUCGGUCGGAAGAUAGCCUGGAGACGAAAGACAGCAUCGGCAUCGCUCGCGCGUUGAACGAUCCACUCGGCAGGAUUGGCAUACAAAGUCAAAGUCCCGUACACCAGCUGUCGAAGGACGAACGAGGAAGUUUGAUCACUACUCCUGUUCCACUACAGACGAUCUUAAGUCAUUCCUCGCGGAAGUCCUACGAGAAAGCGGACGACGUGAAUGUAUCAGGUACCCAGAAGACGUCCGACGCCUCCAACGAAACGGGCAACGCUCGACCGGCGGGAGAUUACGAGGACAUCCCGAGCUCAACGGCAAGUAGCCUCGACGAUCGGAAGACUCCGCUGCUGAAGAAUUGGGAACAGGGAGACGUUGAUAUCGCGCAAGCGUCAACCGUGUCGAUAACUGUGACAGCUCUAAAUACGACGGAGAGAAGCGUCGAUGAUAUUAACGGUGAAAUCGUUGUUCGCACUUUGUUUAAUAACACGAAUCGCAAUUCGGCAACGGCCGAAGAUCAGAACUCGUCCUCCACCGGAUCGAUCUCCAGCUUUAACGACGAGCCUAGAAUGAACCCUGAGGUUCCUCAACCAGCGCGGUUUUUGAAGCCUCCGGUGGAACGUUUCGUCAUUAACGUUCCUGACGAGACGCGCUACAUCGAUGGGAAUUCCAAGACUUUCUGGAAUCCUGGGACCACGGAAGCCCCGCGAUUUUCUAGCGCGUUCGCUGAAGACAGCGAAAAUCGAUCGCCAAUAUACGAUGAGGAGCUGAUCGAUUACACAGACGAGGGUUUCUCGGAGACGCCUAGUCCAGGCGUUCAUUCGACUGUUCAAGUGGUCACCGAGGUAUCGACGUCCAUUCCAUGGUUCUUCUCUACGCACGAUCGAUCGAUCGUCGACAUUCCCGUGACCGAUAUCGUUCCGCCGAUCGUCGAUUAUAACGAUGGCUUCGGUGACUUUGCCCCGCCGGACGAACGCCCGUACACGGAGCAGUUUGAUCACACGGAAUCCCCGGAAAAAACGCAGAGUUCUUCGACAGUCUUGAAGAAGAAUGACAGCGAAACGGAUUUCCUGGGCCGGUACAACACGAGAUUCCAGUUCACCAUUAGAGACGCUGUCAAGGCUCAGAAGGUGACGUCGAAACCAAAUUCCGGAUGUUAUACUUCAACGUCUGACCAGCGAGGAAGUCGCUGCGAGACGAGUUCUGUCACUCCUAAAAUUGCAGAUUCUACGUCGAGCGUAACAGAAAGAACAGUUUCGAUUGGUACGAGAGCGACUACGAGGAUUCCAGAAAAAGUAACUUUUUCGAGUAGCACAAAGAGCCUAAAACUGCCGGAAAAAUCGGCGACACUUGUUUCUCGCGAAUCUUUCACGUCUACUGCGAAAUCUCCGGUCAAUAGUGAUAUCAAUGUAAAAGACUCCAACUUGAAAACGGUUACGCCGAGAGCCGUGUUUGACAUUAAAUAUCCUAAAGAGACGACAGAAAAAACAGUGGACGCGACAGCGAGCAGCUUGCUACACUCGAUCCGACCUGGAUCUUUAAAACAGAUCGAGGAGGUGAUUGAUAAACAUGAUUCUCCGUACGAAGUAUCAUUCACAGUAAAAAAGAACGAGGAUCUAGAGACAACCUCUGAUGAUUUUAUCAGUCGACUCAUCGCUCAGCACCAGCAACCGGAUUUGAAUAGCGAAUUGGGUGACUUUGAGAUUAUUAAAUCUGUAGAACCACAAACGGAGUUCGACAGCACUUUGCAGACGCCUAAACUUCCUGAUGCCAGCCACGUUUCUUUAGCCGGUGCGAGCAACAACAGCUUUUAUGUCGCUGAAAAUGAUACAAUCGAGGAAUUUAAACAAACGAAUAUGAGUAUGGUGAGUCUUCUCGAACUGAUGGCGGAAUUGUUGAAAUUGGAUCGACUACCGCGACCAUUUACCAUGAAAGAUUUAGGUAGCUUAGAGUUUAAAGACUCGUUCGACCUCGACGAUUUCGACGAGUUGUCUUACGACACGACGAGUCCACCACUGGACCAACCACAACCCCAAAGGACAUACCAGAACGCCAAUCUCAAGUUGUCCACUUUCGAUACGAUCACGUCAAAGACACCCGUUAAACUUGUUGAAUCGAAACCGUUACGCAAUCUGCAUCUCGAUAGACCAUCAUUCGAUACAGGAAGUCCACCGUCGGAUUACUCUCAAGCCAGCGCGUCGUUCGGAAAUGCAGAUUCCGAGACAGCUUCCUUGGAUGAUACCUUGAAGACACCUAUUAAUGUUGAUUUAAGGCCACCUCCUGAAGUUUCUUCGGGAGUUAAUCCUAAUAAUGCCACGGAACAGAAGACGAAGCCGAUUGUUCGACCACUUCAGAAGGAGGAGAUUCUGGAGCAGUUGACGGAAAACUUUGGACAGCCCCUUUACCGCGGCGAUUUGAUCCGCAGACCACUUGUCUUCGAUCUACCGCAAGUGCAAAGGAGUUUGAACUUCGAGACCGGCUUGCCGUUGGAUGAGAGUGAACAAGUGACUAGCAAAAUUGAAGAAGAAAGUUCAACGUCUGCUACGAAGACAACGACGACGACGAUGACGACACAAGAAACGACCACGACGACAGAAUCUGCGAAGACUACCGUCGAGACCGAGUUUGUUCCCUCUCUGGGAUUUUCUUUAGAUACCAAUGAAGGUCGCGAAGAAUAUGUUCAAGCAGUCCUUGACGGAUUGAUCGACGAGCACACCAGCGAAAGCAGUAAAAACGAAUCCAACAUCCAAAACGAAACUCCAAAAGAUGAAACUUUGGAAGCCGAGCAAUAAAAAUUUAACAGACUUUAAAGAAAUUUUUUAAAAUAAAAGUAUAAUAUAUGAAGAAUGAAGCAUAUGAAGAAUUUUUUUUUGAAAUCCUUAAAUAUAUCCUUAAAGAUCUAUUUUAUUAACGUCGAUCUAUAAUUUCUUUUAAAAUUAUGAAAUUAAAAAUUAACUAAAUGGAGAUGAUGAACUCCUAUUAUUGAUGUUUAUAUUAUUUAAAUAGAAAAUCUUAUUACGAUUUUCUUAAUAUUAAUUGAUACAUGAAGCUUAAUUUGUUAUUACAAAAGAAUUGAAUAUUUUACUUUUGUAUAUUUCAAUAUAUUGUAUACUGAAUAAAAAUAAAUUAUAUUAUUGUUCAAUAAUUAUAGUUGUUAUAUAAAUUUUUUCUUUUGAAGUAACAUUUAAAUGAAAUGUGCAUUUAAAGUUAUAACCUGUUGUCCGUAUUAAUCAAUUAAAGUUAGUUAAUAUAAUAUAAAAAAAAAAAUUUUAUGCAUAUACGUUGAUUCCUCUGAUUUACACAAUUUACACAAUGUCCAUUUCAUAGGUUUUCUAUACGAUUGAAAAUUGAAUCGUCUA